AUGCACUACCGGCCGUACUCACUGGGUCGCAGCUCGUCCCGGGUGCUGGAGCCCACGUCCAGCAGCCAGCAGCUGGUGCCCAGCAGCAGCGGCGGCACCAGCAGGGAGGAGUCGCCCGACCACCCGCAGGCCGGCGCCGACGGCAAGCCGCCCAUCUCGGUCGCGCAGCUGAUCCGCGAGGAGCGGCUUCGCAAGGCGCUCCAGAGCCGGCGCUCCUUCAAACAGCGGCUGUGCACGCUCAUCAAUCUCACGGCCGCGAUGCUGAUCAUCGGCGGCGGCGCGGCUCUGCUCUUCCUGGUGCCGAUCGUCGUGGACCCGGCCGUGGCCACCAUCCAGGCUGACUUUCCCGCGCGGCCGACCGCCUGCCGCACCGAACGCGUGCGACGCUACCGCACCCACUCCAACUGCUCGUGGAGCUCGUGUCGCGAGGGCUGCACCAGCGACCUGUACUACUGCGUGCACGUGUAUGUGAGCCAUACGCCGACCGAGGGCGCGCCCCCGGCAGAGGCGAUCCUGGUCGUCAACGUAAAGACAUGCGGCUACCCACCGCGGGUCAACUGUUCCGCCUUCGAGGACGAAUAUGCCAGGGAGGGUGCUGUGUUUCAGUGUUUUGUCAGCGGCGCUAACGCCAGUAUCGCGGUGGCCGAGUUUCAGCCCGGCCAGGCCGGUGAGGAGGUGCUGCACGCGCUGGGUAUCCCGCUGGGCGCCAUCUGCCUGGGCACGGUGACUGUAUGUGUGCUCCAGCUGCGGCCUGCCCGCUGCCGGCGCCGACCCGCACCGCCGCGACGGCCGUCUGGCGAGCUCAAACGGUCACAACAGGUCUGGAGCACGGGCGUGUCGCCCAGUCGGACGGCUCCCACCCUCUCCACUGUAAUGGAGGAGCGCGGAGGGUCGGCCGUCUCCUCCCAGCCCGCCGAGCUGCAGCUCAUGGAGAUGAAGCCGCUAACGUCCUCCGAGUCGCGACUCUCACCUCCACCGGAUCCCUGA